AUGAAUGGGUGGCUGGAAGAUGUUUGUGAAGGUGAAGGUGUAUUAGAGGAAGAAAUUAUGUCCAUCACAAGUAUGACUAAAGUUGAAGUGCAGAUUCGAAGUUGUUUUUGUUGUGGCCUUUCACUGGCUACAGUCUUCAUCGCACUCUACACUCUCCUGCUCUAUUCGUUGCUAACAGGACUAGCUGGUUGGGGUCUUUCGGAUACCACUGCAAAUGGCGAUCUGUCUCACUACAACAGCUGUGAACUCGAAGCUCAAGGCAAAAUCCGUGCAGAUAAUCGAAAGUUGACGUUCCAUGAAGGCACCACAACGGUAGUGGUCGCCGACUCGACAUCUUACCAUUGUUCGUUCGGUCUGUACACGGAGGAACUGAAAUUCUCUUAUGCUUGGAGGAAGUUUACGUUAAUAGUGGAUAUUAUCCUUUACAUAAUGCUCAUCAUUGCCAGUAUCGUACUGUUGAUUGGACUUGCAACCUAUGUUGAAUGGUUAUUGCUGCCGUGGAUAUUUCUGAUGGUUUUGGAUAUCAUUCGCGGAUUAAUUUCCGUUUUCUUCAUAUUCUUUUUUGCACACUGGAAUUUGGCACGAAUUGCAACAGGAAUCUUUUUCUUGGGUUUACAAUUCUUUCACAUUUCAUUACUGAUGAUAAUGGUUGCCAAAUUCCAACGAAUGUAUAAUCGUAACCGAGGAAAUGUGAUCGAUGCAGAUAAACAGUACGAUAUCCGAACAGGAGGUUAUCCAACUUUGCCUUCAAAUUAUGCAUAUUCACCGCAAACGAGAAGAGCCGAUCCACGCGAUGCGUAUUAUCCAGAGCAACAAAUACGCGAUCAAAGAGCAUACGAUUCCAUGUACCGACAGCAGCAAUACGGCAGAUACUGA